AUGGCCAAGCUAGAGCAGCCAUGGCUACUAGAAGUCGCAGCUACCAAGCAGGAUGUAAUUGCAAAGGGAUACAAGCACAUUCUUGAGGAUUUUCUGGGUAUUGGAGGAGGUGUCAGUGGAGGAGCAAGUGGUGGUGCUGGAUUUGGAAAAGGUGCAGGUGGUGGUGCUGCUGCUGGAGGCGGUGUUGGAGGAGGUGCUGGUGGAGGAGUAGGUGGUGGUGCUGGUGGAGGAGCUGGAGUUGAAGAAGGUACAGGUGGUGGUGCUGCUGCUGGAGGUGGCGUUGGUGGAGGUACCGGUGGAGGAGCAGGUGAUGGUGGUAGAGUUGGAGGCAGUGCAGGUGGUGGUGCUGGUGCUGGAGAUGGCAUUGGAGGAGGUGGAGGUGUAGGAGGAGGGCUGGAGGAGCCUUGGUGGAGGUGCUGGAGGUGGGACCGGUGCAGAAUAAGAGGUGGAGCAGGUGGUGGCUUUGGGAAAGGUAGAGGUAUAGGAGGUGGUGCAAGUGGUGGUUUUGGGGCUGGAGGAAGUUUUGGUGAAGGGCAUGGGGCAUUUGGUAAGGGUGGAGGAGUUGGCGCGGGCGGUGGAUUCGGAGGCGGGACUAGUCCUGGAAUUGGACGUUGCAAAUUGUGA